GGCUCACGCACUCCAUUGGCACGUCACCUCCAUGAUACGCGAGUAUUUCACAGAUGACGAUCCGACAACUCUGCGGUGGCUCUCCGUCGGCCUUAGAUCGGUCCAGGCUUCGACCAACGUGCCGUUCAAAAUUGCAAUCCUCGCUGCGCAACCCAGCAGCAACUGGGUAUCGUGGUCAAGAUGAUGAUGCUUUGCCGGUUAACUUUGAGGACUCACUCGCAGCCUCACGCCCUCUUCCAAGAACCCCAAUGCCAAAACGGAUCAAAGAAGCGCCAUCACGACCGUCUGUCAUCUGCCGAUCCUCGAGUUUCUCUUUGCUUCUAUCUCCAACCGUCACCUGCGCUGAAGACAUUCGUCUCGUGGGCUUGGGCCAGCUGCCAAUCUCUGUUCCUUUCACCCCGAGUAGCCUGCGCCAUGCCAUUGCGAUCGCUGGUACGCUUCAGGUGGGACUUACUCUCUACAUGACACCUUGUACCGCCAACCUCCACAUUGCCGUACUGCCUCAUCUCGCCUUGGCGACUCGCGAGCGUCACUCGACAUCAAGUCGAUCGAUCCCGUGUUAGGGGACUGCCGUUCCUGCCCCAGUCGGUCUUGCUCGGGGCCUUAGCUCUCCUCUGCCUUCAUCUGUCCUGCCGACUUGAA